CCGCGCAGACCGCGCAACGCAAACUGCGCAAACCGCGCAAACCGCGCAACGCAAACCGCGCAAAAUCGCGCAAAAUACGUUCUGCACUGCGAUUCACCUGUUUAAAUUUAAAUUUAUUGAAUCAAACUUAUAUCAUUUCAUUUCAUUUUUGACGUGUUUUUUUCAGAAAUUUCCUAUUAAUAAUCAAGUUGGUGAGAGAAGAUUUAAUAAUGCGCAUGAUUUUAGAGUUACUAUUAAUAUUCGAAGUCACAAGGAUACGGUACAACAUAUAAGAGCAAAAUUAAAUUUACAGCAGAAAAUAUUAUUUAGACAAUCAUGUUUUGGGCAUUUUUUGGAUCUUGAAGUCCAUGGAUAUAGUUCAACUUUAUUACAUAGUGUAUUAUUUCGACAAGUGAAUAAGGAAGAGUUGGGAGAAGUAUUUUGGUUUCGGUUAAAUGGGAUUGAUUGUAGAUUUAGUCCGAUUGAGUUUGCUAUGAUUACUGGAUUAAGGUUUAGUAAAGAAUUAGAUAUGAUUGAUUACAUAACUACAGAUUCAUUGAAUUUUAAAAAUAAAUACUUUCGAAGUGAUAAAUCGGUGACUUAUAAGGAUUUAAGUAAAAGUUUCAUGUCUAAGGUGUGGGGAAACAAUGAUGAAGAUGCUGUCAAGAUGGCUGCAUUAUAUCUGAUACAUUAUGGAUUAUUAGGAGCAGAUAAUCGAAAAGUAGUAUCAGAACUUAUAUUACAGUUAGUAGAUGAUUGGGAUAGUUUCAAUAAAUAUCCGUGGGGGACUAUGGUUUGGACGUUGACUGCAGAAUCAAUGAGCCGAGCAAUAGAGAAACGAUAUGAAGAAGUUAUGAAUGAUCAUCGGGCAUACGAUCCAAAAAUUCCAGUGCAAUGUUAUGCAUUAAUGGGAUUUACAGUUGCAUUUCAGCUAUGGAUAUAUGAAACUCUCAAUAACUUAGGGGGUUUCGUAGCUUGCAAAUCUACAGAUAGAAUUCCUCGUAUGUUGAGAUAG